GAGGAGGGAGAAGCCAGGAAGAAAAUGGCGGCCGUGGCUGCAGAGGCGGCAGCGACGGCAGCGUCCCCCGGGGAGGGGGGCGCCGGCGAGGCCGAGCCGGAGAUGGAGCCCAUCCCCGGCAGCGAGGCCGGCCCUGACCCCUUCCCGGUCACAGCCACUGAGGCAUCUGUACCGGACGCCGAGGCCGACGGGCAGCAGUCCUCUCCUCAGGCCGAAGAGCCGCCGCUCCCGCCGCCGCCGCCGUCGGAGCUUGCCCGCAGCCCGGAGGCGGCGGGGCCGGAGCUGGAGCCUGAGGAGAAGCUGCCCGCCCGGGUGGUGGAGCCGGCGGCAGCCGCGCCUCCGGAAGGGCCCGGCCUUCCACCUUCCCCUGCACCGCCGCCCGCGGAGCCCCCGGCUCCCGAGGAGCGUCCGGAACCGCCGCUGCCCCAGCCCGCAGCCCCGGCGCUCGUGCCGCCGGCGGGCGGGGACUCCGCGGUGUCGCAGCUCAUCCCAGGCUCGGAGGUGCGGGUCACGCUGGACCACAUCAUUGAGGACGCGCUCGUCGUGUCGUUCCGCCUCGGGGAGAAGCUUUUCUCCGGGGUCCUCAUGGAUCUGUCCAAAAGAGGUCAUGAAACUGAGUAGUGGUUUGGGCCCCACGGGAUCCCUGUGACAGUAUUUCCCAAAAGGGAAUAUAAGGAUAAACCUGAAGCCACGCAGCUCCAAAGUGAUACAUUCCAAGAAGGGACGGAAGUCAAGCGUGAAGUGAAUGGUGCUGUUCCCCAUGACCCUUCUCCUGUCCCGCCUCCCGAGCUGAGCUUGGCCGAAAGCCCGUGGACUUCCAAACCACCACCUCUCUUCCACGAAGGAGCACCCUAUCCUCCCCCUUUGUUUAUCAGGGACACAUAUAACCAAUCAAUACCUCAGCCACCUCCUCGGAAAAUUAAACGACCCAAGAGAAAAAUGUACAGGGAAGAACCUACUUCAAUAAUGAAUGCUAUUAAACUACGACCCAGGCAAGUCUUGUGUGACAAAUGUAAAAACAGUGUUGUUGCUGAAAAAAAAGAAAUUAGAAAAGGUAGUAGUGCAAGUGACUCUUCUAAAUAUGAAGAUAAAAAACGGAGAAAUGAAAGUGUAAGUACCGUGAACAAAAAACUAAAGGUGGAUGGGAAAAACCAAAAUGAAAGCCAGAAAAGAAAUGCUGUGGUUAAGGUUUCAAACAUUGCUCACAGCAGAGGCAGAGUAGUGAAAGUUUCUGCUCAGGCAAGUACAUCAAAAGCUCAGUUAAGUACUAAAAAAGUGCUCCAGAAUAAGAACAUGGAUCAUGCAAAAGCUCGGGAAGUGCUGAAAAUUGCCAAAGAAAAGGCACAGAAGAAGCAGAGUGAAACCUCUACGUCCAAAAAUGCACAUUCAAAAGUCCAUUUCACACGUCGAUAUCAGAAUUCUAGCUCAGGUUCCCUUCCACCCCGGGUUCGUUUAAAAUCACAGAGGUACAGGAAUGAAGAAAAUGACUCUUUUCUGAAGACAGGACUGGAGAAAAUGCGGAGUGGCAAGAUGGCACCUAAGCCCCAGUCUCGCUGCACCUCUACCCGCUCAGCAGGUGAGGCCCCUUCAGAAAAUCAGAGUCCCUCCAAAGGCCCUGAAGAGGCCAGCAGGGAGGUUCAGGACACAACUGAAGUGCUUGUGCCUGAUGAGCGGGAUGAACCACAGACAAUGGGCAAAAAGGGCAGCAAAAGCAAUAUCUCUGUUUACAUGACCCUAAAUCAAAAGAAAUCUGACUCUUCCAGUGCUUCAGUGUGUAGCAUUGAUAGCACAGAUGAUUUGAAAUCCUCCAACUCUGAGUGUAGUUCUUCUGAAAGCUUUGAUUUUCCUCCAGGCUGUAUGCAUGCACCUUCCACCUCCUCCACUUCCUCCUCUUCAAAGGAAGAGAAAAAGCUCAGUAAUUCCUUGAGAAUGAAAGUCUUUUCCAAAAACGUCUCUAAGUGCGUCACACCAGAUGACAGGACCAUAUGUGUAGGGGACAUUGUUUGGGCCAAGAUAUAUGUCUUCCCCUGGUGGCCAGCCCGUAUUCUUACUAUAACUGUGAGCCGGAAAGAUAACGGCCUUUUAGUCCGACAGGAAGCCCGUAUUUCAUGGUUCGGGUCUCCAACAACAUCUUUCCUGGCUCUUUCACAACUCUCCCCCUUUUUAGAAAAUUUCCAGUCACGCUUUAAUAAGAAGAGAAAGGGCCUGUAUCGCAAGGCUAUCACAGAGGCAGCUAAGGCUGCCAAGCAGCUGACCCCUGAAGUGCAGGCUCUGUUGACACAGUUUGAGACGUGA